GAGCAGUACCGCCGGGGCAUUUCGCCCGACUACCUGGCCGGCCAUCGCGAGUAUGCGCGCCGCCUGUGCGACCUGAUCCGCAAUCUGCCCGCGGGCGGCGAGCCGGCCAGCGACGUCGAUAUCAGCAGCAUCGGCAUCGCCGAGAAACUGAUCAAACAGGUCUAUGGCAUGCAGGAGUAUGGCGUCGAGGUGCGCGCGAUCAGCGUUGGCGUCGAGAUGCUGACGCGCCAGGCUGUGUGCUUUGUGUGGACGUUCCGCGACCAGCUGAACCUGCAUGUCGUCUAUAACGAGGCCUUCCAUGCGCCGGAGCAGAUGGAGCAGUUUGUGGGGACGGUCAAGGACGUGCUGCUGAAAGAGUUGGGAGUGGAGUGA